AUGGAUAAGGACCAUCUUUCAACUAUACGAGCCCAGUCGCCGAAAACUUUUCUAUUCGCAUCCAUAGCCAAGACUCAUCUUGGGGAAAUUGCAGCUGUUAUAACGACGAUUUUGCUAGCUAAUGGCCGGUUAACCGUGAGACAAUUGAGCAAAAAGACAAACUUGACACCAAAAGCAAUCAAGUCAGCUAUAGUGUCAUUGAUCCAGCUAAAUUGUCUAUACUAUUGGCAGGAAAAUGACAAGACUACUUUCUAUUCCAUAAAUGAGGUUGGCUUCAACACGUUGAUCAGUAGUGGUGACAUACUUCAACACAUUAUUCAGCAAUACGGGGAAGCCGAAGCUGAGCUCGUGCAAAAUAUAUUGAUGAAUGGUCAUAUCAAGAUUGACGACUACCUCCGACAGUUUGACGACGCUAAUCAGCGAUUGACAAAAGAGAAAAUCUUUCUCCAAUUGUUUAAUGACGGUUGGUUGAAACUGUUGGAUAUUCAUGCAUACCAUCACAUAUGCGACAUUUGGGAUAAACUCUUCCAAGAUACAACUAAAGUCACCCCAAGAUUGCCAGCGCAGUCGGAGGUGAAACGAGUCGCGGAGAUACAGGCUACUUGUAAGCAGAAACUAGCAGCGUUGUUGAACACUACCCAUGCCAACAUCUACAUUACUGAAAAUGGGUACAAGAAAUUGGACCCACAACUCGUCAUUACUUUCAAUUUAGCGAGAUUCCAAAAACACACGAGAACCACUGCAUUUGUCAACUUGGCCAGUUCGCGAAUUGGGCUAUUAACGUCAAAAGUCUACGAAGCAGCAUUGCACAGUAUCGAAAAAAAUAGCCCCGAAUUAAUGCAUCCCUUUUUGCAAAUCCCCGGGCUAUUAAACGAUCCUACAGCAGUCAAAGAGUUUGUGGAAGGAGAAGAAAGCAGCGCCGUCGCCGCAAAGCAGAUUGUAUUCACGGCCAAGGAUAUCUUGAGAUUUUUCCCCAAAGAACUCGAUUUGACCGAUUCGGUGGUGAGCAAGAGCCACCCGGGCAAGAGAAUCAACCUUGAAGCGGAUUUUCCUGAGUCGAACAAGAGAAUCAAGCUUGAAAACGGCGGCAGUUUUCUUCCCGUUUCUACUACUUCCGACUCCGAUGAUGCCGAUUCCAGGCUCUCCAUUAUCCAACAGCAUCUACAUCUCUUGGCAACUGGCACAAACACACGAUUUGUAGAGGAAAUCUCGCCCGGCCGUUAUAGCAUCCCGUUCAAUCGCCUCACGCAUCAAGUUAAGCAAUUCCACUACGAAACGCUCAUCAAGGCCACAUUGAACGAGCAGGCGUUUCGCAUUUUGCGAUGCAUCAAACAACUCAAACUCGCCGAUGAGAAAACCAUCGCCAAUGCCGUUUUGCUCAAGGAGAAAACCGUGCGCAAUGAAAUCUACGCGCUUGUUAAAGCCAACGUUGUGGAAAUCCAAGAGAUUCCUCGAAGUUUAGACCGCGCCGCGUCAAAGACUUUCUACUUGUUCCGCUAUAAAGAAUAUCACCGGUUUGAGAGCUUGAUCAAUAGUCUAAUUUUCGACAUGGCGGAGAUCAUCACCAAUAUCGUCGAUUUCAAAGCUGAGCAUCGGAUCUUGUUGGACAAAUGCAACCGUGUCGACGUUGAGGGCCACGAAGAGGAAUUGUUGAUUGAGUCGGAGUUGCAAACGUUGCACGGCUUGCAACACCGCGAGAUUAAGAAUUUGGUGAGGUUUAAUAGAACUCGAUUCUUGCGGGAUAUAUAUACUUUAUAG